AAUCUAUCUGCUGCUGAUUUAUUGAUGGGAUUGUACUUAAUUAUUAUCGCAUCAGCUAACGUCUAUUUUGCCGGACACUUUUCCCAAUAUCACGAAGUUUGGUUAAGGAGUCCAUUUUGCUUAGUAUCAUCAUUUCUUGUCUCAGUUUCGACGUUAAUGUCAACACUCAUUAUGUUUAUCAUCACAGUAGACCGUUUUCUAUUCUUAGUCUACCCAUUUCAUAACUAUCGGUUGUCAAGGCGACUGGUUAUAUUCAUUUUCGUUAUAUUUUGGUCAAUUGCAGUUAUGUUUGCGGGCAUACCGCUACUUUAUGGCAAUAAUCAGCCUCCAUACAAUCGUUUAUAUGCCACUAAUGCUGUCUGCCUACCUGGUAAUAUCGAAAAUCCAAUCUUGCAAUUAUGGUUACUAACUUACUGUGGUGUCACAUUCAUAAUCUGGAUCAUCAUUAGCAUUAUGUAUUUUACCAUUAUAAUCGAUUUAACUAAAUCACGCAAAGCAGCCAGGCGGAAAAUAUCUACUUUGGAAAAAAUUGUUCUUGCUAAAAUGAUUACAAUAGUAGCUACUGAUCUUAUAUGUUGGCUACCAUUAUACAUUGUAUUGAUUCGUGGCAUAGUUAUAUCUGAGUUGGAGACUCAUUUAUUAACAUUUGUUGCCGUCUUAUCUUUGCCUUUAAAUUCAUGUAUCAAUCCAAUUCUAUACACAAUGUUUACUAAAACAUUCAUUGAUCAUACCAUUACAAUUAUGAGAAAUUUCAUUUGCUGCUUUCGCAUAACAGAAUCGGAAAAAAGUAAUAAUCUGAAGAAAAAUCAAGCGCAUAGCUUUAAUAGGCGUAAGUAUUACGGUAUUUAUAUAUUCUAUUAG